AUGUCUCUCCCUCGCGUAUCCCUCUCUUCAUUUCUAUCCUCCGCCAAAGCUGCCCUAAACGGCGCAUUGAAAGGCGGGGGAAAAGUUAAUUUUGUCGUGGGUAAUGAAUCGGCUGAUCUCGAUUCCCUCUGUAGCGCCAUACUCCUAGCCUAUCUACGUACAUACUCCCCUCUCAACCAUAGCAAAUCCCUCUACAUCCCUCUGUCGAAUCUGCCCCGUGCGGAUUUAGGAUUGAGGCCGGAAUUACAUCCAAUUCUGAAGAAAGCAAGAGUCAAUGUGGGAGAAUUGAUUAGUCUGGAUGAUUUGAGAGAACACGGCUCAAAGUCGUCGCAGUUGACAAUAUUGAAACCAGAUGAUACGAGAUGGAUAUUGGUAGAUCAUAAUGCGUUACAGGGGGAAUUAGGUAGAAUAUAUGAGGGGAGAGUCAGAGGGUGUAUAGAUCAUCAUGAUGAAGAGGGGAAGGUUCCCACAAAGGAAAUCUGUGAGAAGGAGGGGGAAAUGAGGAUUGUAGAGAAGAGUGGAAGUUGUGCGAGUUUGGUCGUUGCAUGGGCGCGAGGUGGCUGGGCAGAGAUGAGGAGAGGAGAUGGAGUAGGCGGAGAAAGAGAUAUCAGUCAAUGGGACGGUGAACUAGCAUAUCUAGCACUAGGCCCAAUCCUAAUAGACACAAACAAUCUCCAAUCCGCCGACAAAACCUGCGAAAGCGACCGAGCCGCUGUCCAAUUCCUCGAAGACCUAAUCGCAAAAGAUCCCAAUACAUCAAAAUCACCCUGGAACCGAGACGAAUAUUUCUCCACAAUGACUGCCGCGAAAGAAGACAUCGGAGAUAUGGAAUUACGAGAUAUAUUACGAAAAGAUUACAAAGAAUGGCACGAAGGAGGACUGAACCUGGGUAUAAGUGCCGUAGUUCAGGAUUUCGACUUUCUCCUCGCGAAAGCGGGGAGUAGGGAUAAGUUGCUUGAGGUACUUGGUGAGUGGGCAAAGGAAAGAACUUUGGAUAUUUGUGCGGUGAUGACAACGAGCAAUAAGGAUGGAGUGUUUAGGAGGGAGCUUUUGGUAUGGGGGUUGGGGAAUAGAGGGGUAGAAUGUUUGAGGAAGUUCAAGGGGGAAGGAGAGAAAAGAUUUGGGUUAAAGAUUUGGGGUCAAGGCAUACUAAAUGUCGAUGAGGAGAAGGAGAUUAGACAUUGUUGGUGGCAAGAGAGGAUUGAGCAUAGUAGAAAGCAGGUUGCUCCUCUAUUGAGACAAUCGAUGCUUUGA